AUAUGGCUACCACAAGUACACUGAUCCAUCGAACAUCCCUUCCACUGCUCCGCCGACAUCCGAGUACAAUUGAUGGUUUAACACCAGAACGACCAUUUUUUAGCAGUUCAAAUACACAAGGCGGAGCAAGUGCACCACCUGGAUCCUCAGCAACAAUUUCUGCUCCGGGAGCAUCUGCGGCAACAGUUCCAACAAGUUAUGGAUAUAUUUCUAAUAUGUUUAAGAAUUUUGUGUCGAAAGUUGAGAAUCCACUCAACUAUUUGAGCGUUGGUACAUCAAAGACAAUUGUUGGUGAUACUGUGAAAGUGGAAUCGAAGACACAAAUAAUCCAAAAAUCGAAUGAAAAUCGAGUUUCCCGAUCGGAAGUGACUGCGAAAACUCGUGCACUUGUCAAAAAGAUAUUAAUAUCAGAAACAUCAACGUCCCGUUUAACACGUAUCCGUGAUCUAUCUGAACAUAUAAUGCAAUUUCCGCCGACAAGAAUGAUUGCUGCACAAGAACAGAAAUUGAUUGCCGAGCUGUUGGAAAUGGUGAUUUAUGGAUCAAAUGAUAAUUUAAAAGAAGAAGCAAGACAAUGUUUAACACUUAUUGGAGUACAUCCAUCACCAAAAGGCAAAGGAGUCCAUGUUCUUUCAAUCGAUGGAGGUGGUACACGUGGAAUGAUGGGUCUCGAAGUUCUUGAGAAAAUUGAAAAGUUAUCUGGAAAGAAGAUUUGCGAGCUAUUCGAUAUGAUAUGUGGAGUGUCCACGGGAAGUAUUAUCGCUGCAUUACUUACUGCAAAAGGAUAUUCGGUAAAAGAAUGCAGAGAAGUUUAUAUGGAUGUUUCGAAAAGACUGUUCUCACAAGGAAAGUUUCAAGGAAGUAUGGGACUAAUAUUGAAACAUUCAUAUUACAAUACCAAUUUAUGGAUUAGCAUUUUGAAGCAAAUGAUUGGAGAAGAUAUUACUAUGAUCAAUACGUCAAGAAAGCUUCAUACUCCACGAUUAGCCAUUGUAUCUUCCAUUGUUAAUCUUCCAACAAUACAACCCUACAUUUUCCGAAACUACGACCAUCCAGCUGGACGUGAUUCUCAUUACCGUGGUGGAGCCGAUCACUGCCUAUGGACAGCAAUUCAAGCAUCUGCAGCUGCUCCUUUGUAUUUCUCGGAAGUCAAACUUGAUAAUCUUCUUCUUCAAGACGGCGGAGUUUAUGCAAAUAACCCAACUGCCAUCGCAUACCAUGAAGCAAAACUUCUGUGGCCAGAUGAGAAUGUCAAUUGUGUAGUUUCGGUGGGAAAUGGCAGAACAGUGACAUCAGUUGAACCAACACCAACUGUAUUCUCCACUUCAUUCCAAGACAAACUUCUCCGUAUCAUCGAUAGUGCCACUGAUACCGAGGGAGUUCAUAUGAAUGUUCAUGAUAUGCUUCCAGAAUCUGUAUAUUAUCGAUUCAAUCCAUACAUGACUUAUGCUUAUGGACUUGACGAAAUCGAUCAGGAGAGGCUGGAGCAAAUGGCAAGUGAUGCUGAAUUCUAUGUGAGAAGAAAUUCAAACAAGUUGGAAGCUGCAGCUGAAAGAUUAUUGCUGCAACCAAAUCUCCAACAACGUGCUCAUCGGUGUGCCAAAGAGUGGAUGGAUCUGAAAGGAUUCUACAAGCCAGCCUAAUAUUCAGACUUUCAUUUUUCUAAUUCUCGCUAGCUAUUCUCGAUGUCUGCAAUUUUCUAUUGGUUUUUGUAAUAUUUGUACAUUCCGCUUCUGGAGAUUUUCUUUCUCUUAUACUCAUUUUUGUACAUUUCAUACUUGCUCCGUGUUUCAUGGAACUGACUUUCUGUAUUUCAUUUUCUAAUAUGAUUCGAGUGUGUUUUCUAGGUACCUUUUUUUUCUGAUUUUAUCGCUUCCGCUGAUUUUCCCCGUUUUUUUGUACGAAAGGUAAUUGAUAUAAUGAACAAAUGAUUUUAA